AUGGUUAUAGAAAUGAUAAUUGCGGCUAUUGGGGGGGGUGCUAUGUGGUGUCCUUUUUUAUACUUUUUUAAGUUCCCCAUGUUGUUACAAAAGAAGAAAAAUGGAAAGUUCGUGUGUCGUCUUUUAAGUCACCGGGGAGGUGCUGGAGAAAAUUAUGAAAAUACAAUAUCAGCAUUCAGGCACGCAGUUGUUGUGGGAACAGACAUGCUUGAACUUGACUGUCAACUUACUAGAGAUGGUCAUGUAGUGGUCUCACAUGACUCUGUUCUAGAUAUUCGCACAGAGCUCAAAGGAGCAAUAUCAGAAUACAAUUAUGCUGAGCUUCCUCCAAUCAAAGAGCAGAUCCCCAUAGACUUCAUGCCUGGCGUAACAUUCAGUAGUAACAGUGAAGAUCGAAGAUUUCCUCUCUUGGAGGAAACCUUUCAGCACUUCCCAAAUACACCCAUUAAUAUAGACAUCAAAAUUGACAGCAAUGAACUUAUAUCAAAAGUAAGCGAAUUAGUGAAGAAAUAUCAACGUGAACACAUAACAGUUUGGGGAAAUAUGAAGGACGUAGUAACCCAAAAAUGCUACAAGGAGAACCCCAAUGUGUGCCUGCUCUUCAGUGCUCGACGAGUGUGCUUCAUGUUGUUGCAGCUCUACACUGGCAUCUUGCCAUUUAUGCCACUCAAGGAGACCCACUUGGAAAUAUUUAUGCCAGUCCAUAUGGUAAAGAUAUAUGCAAGUCACUUUAAAUGUAAAUGGUGGCACAAUGUGAUAGCCAAGAUUGCCAACAUGCUGCUCAUCAGACGCUCGUUAUUUGAACACCUCUCUAAACGAGGGGUCCAGACUUAUCUUUGGGUGAUGAACACAGAAGAAGAUUUUCGCAAGGCCUUCGAAACUGGAGCCACUGGUGUUAUGACAGACUAUCCCACCAAACUGAAAGCAUUCCUGGAGCAAAACCCACAGUAUUGUAAUGAUCAAAAACUAAGCUAAAUGUAGCUGUAGUCAAAUUAUAACAUAAAUAGCUGACCACCUAAGGGUUUUAGGGUUUAAUGAAAAAAAAAAUUCCUUGUGAUGCAUUAAGUUAUAAGGGGAACUGACGGGUAUGGGCAGUAUGGUUCAUAUCAUUUAUCCACUCUAAUCAUCCCUGUAAUAUACAGUAAUUUAAAUUCUUCAAAAGACUCAAACUUUUUUUUAUUUGGUUCCUUGCUCCUAAUUACUGGGUGCUUACAUUAUUUAAAUUAAAACAGAAAAUCAGCCUAGAUGAUUCUUAUGAAAUUUUUAAGCAGAAAAAAAUAUUUGAUUAAAUAAAAUACCACAGAUGGGUUUUUAUGCAAUACUGUAUAUAUGAACACAUUUUAGGAGCACCCACUCGGAGCAGUGAAUCGGUGUACAGACUUGUAUUCAGAUUAUUAUAGAGAGAUUUUUUGCAAAUUUAGAUUUGCUAGGUGCAUGUUAGCACUGCUAUAAAUUAUGAAAUAAAAUGCUCAAAUAUGUUACUGAUCUUAGUAAAAAUUUAAGUUGAGAAAAGGGACUUCAUUAAAAAAUACUGGUCUAAUUGAUUUAUCAGCAGAGUGGCUUUUAGGUUCAACACUUAUUAAUAUGUAAAUUGAAGAAGAGAAAUCUGUCUUUUAUUUUUAUAUAUUGUAAAUAUGUAUUGUGUUACAUUCACAUAAGAAUUAUAAAAAUCUAUUACCCUGAUAUUUUUCAUUACAGUUUAUGAAUUUUAUUAAAAGCCAGUAUUUAUAUUUAAUCCAUACUAAUACAGAUGAAAUUUCAUCAUUUAUUUUUUGUAGUAAUUUUUCAAAAUUAGUGUAUAUGCUCCAGACUCCAAAUAAUAAAUUUAGGACAUUCUAAUAUUUGAAAGUAAAUCAUGAGCCACAUUUAGUUUUUGCUUUUGAGAGUAGAAAUGCUAUAAUCUGUGACUAAGUACGUACACACCUUAAUCUAAAGUAGCUCUUCGAUUCUCUUAGCACGCAACAAAUUUAGAUGAGGUUUUCCUCCUUUUAAUUCAGAAUAUAUUUUAUGCCCAAUUACUAAAUCCUAGUAUUGUAAUUUUUGCAUUCAUUUAAACAAAAAAGAAAUGUUAAUUACAAACAGAAUCAUUGUAUCUCACUAUGGAGAGGAUUUAAGCUCAUGUUGUUGAGAUGCUCUUUAUUCUCAGAUUUUAAAUCAAGCUCUCACUACCAAGUACAGUGUACUCUUUACACUCCAGUGUACACAAAGGUCUUAAAACCAUCUUGCUGUAAAAAGGAUACACACUUAUGGCAAGGAAAUGCUCUCUAGUCUUAAACUCAGUCAAGCUCUCACUCAUAAGUAUACUCAAGCAUAGGUCGAGGUCUUAUGUUUUUUAGGCAAGUAGGUCAAUACACUUUCAUAAUAUUUUUGAAGGGUUGAAAUCCAAACAUGUUUUCUGUAACCUACUGGUCAGGUACAUCAGUAGCAAAACUGUGACCAUAUUCCACUUUGCACACAUACAUAAACUUGAACACACUUGAUAGUAGACUUGCAGUGCUAACCUCCUCUGUCAUUGUGUUAAUAGUACACCAGCUGACCAUUGCAGCAUACACUAACUAUUACUUCAUCAUAUACCAGUGCCCACAGAGAUUGGGUUUCACUUUAUCGGCCAUCUCCCACCAGGUAGGGUGACCCAACAAAGAAGAGAACACUUUCAGUGUCACUUGCCAGAAGGGCAUUGACAUCACAGUUCAGAUGACCAUAUAUUUUAAUUUUGGGUCACCUUUCAUGAAAGAAAACAUUUGAUUGAGAGAUAACAUUUUUUGUAGCACAAAAAAGUGUGCAGAAAUUUUUAAGAGGAAACUGGAUCACUACAGCCACGAAGUGCCUUAUAAGCCAGGCUGUGAUGGAUGUGUGGGCCAGUGGGCCAUCAACUGCAACAAUCUGGAUGAACACGUAACACUGGUCUACAGCAAAAUUGGCUCUAUUGAUAAAGAUAUGGACUCAUCCUUCCUUGAGACAGAGGACAUGGAGGAUGAGGGAACCUUCAAAAGUUGAAAGUCUUCAACUUCACAAGAUCGUGUGUGUGUUCAUAACUUAACAGUAAUGAACAUGGUGAACAUUUCCACCAGGACAUCUCAGUGGAGAAAUACUACCAGGGAAAAUGAAAUCAAUCAUUGUUAGCAGAUACUGCUGGACAAUAACAAGAAAUGCUCCAGAAGCAAAAUAUAUGAAAUAAGCAAAGAAGCAUCUGUUGUAUCAAUACAAGUGAAUUCAUUGUACAGAUAUGUUACUAAUAUAAUGUAUGCAGAAUGCAUAAAUUUCUUUGGAAACUUAAGCCAAUCCAUUGUUAUCAUGGUCAUAUUAAUUUUCAGCACCCCAAAAUCUUAGUGAUAUACCCUUUUUCUCAGAAGCACAAAACCAUUUAAAACUUAUAGACCAGUGUAAUCAACAGUUUCAGGCCAGGCUCUGAGGGUAGAACAACUCUCAAAAAUUAUCACAAGUCAAACAGCACACUUGACCUUAAUACACUAACCCAGUACCAACACUAAAAGUUGGUUUUCACUCCAUUUUAUGAUUUUUCACAUCGGGUGUAAGGGGAUCCACUGCUGUGGUGAAGGGACUCUUGAUCUGAGGUACUGAACUUCCUGUCCCCCCCUUCUUUUAGACUGAAUCUAGAUACCCCCAACCCCUCCCUCCUUGUCAUUUGGCACCAUUGAUCGAUAAAAUUUCCUCGUUUUUGUGAAAUCAGCCUUGUUCUAACUUGGCUUUUGUUGCUGGUGCUGCAGUGGCCUUGUCACUUCACCCAGUUGAAGCAAUUAUAUUAUGACAUGUCAGCUGUCACUCCAGGGAGACAUCAAGAAGUCAUCUGGCAGGGCCUCUGAUAGAAAUAUUACCAGAGGUUUCCUGCAGUUCCAGGAAUGGCAACUGAAGGUUUACAACUCCUGACUUUCAUUCCUGUUUGCCCACCCACGGUUUGUGCUCUGAUCUAAUCCAGCAUUUUUGAUAAGCAAAGCUCAGUUAAUUUGAAAGUGCCAUCCUAGUGUUGUGCACCAGGUAGUGUAAAAGGCACUAUCUAGGGAAUAAUGCCAGAGUCAGUUUCCUAGACCUGACUCCACAGAAGGCCAUAAUUUACCACAGCCUUCAUUUAUAGUUGACUGGGGCACAUUGUCUCAUCAUGCUUGUGUACAAUGGUGUACCUGCAAUGAGUAAAGUAUGCCAAAACUUUGGCACAACAGUCUUAGAACUAUCAUUCACUGCUAUGAUAGAUUUUCCAUGAUCCUGCAGGUGUAGUGGCGCAUAAAUGCCUUAAUUCUUCGAUCCAGUGGUUGUACAAAGGUGUCUUAUUGGGUGGUGAAAAACCUUCACAUUUGAAUUGAAAGGCUGCAAGAUUUCUAGAUAUUAUAGGAAUUAUCAAGUCAGUACCACCUUAAAUGAAAGGUGUUUUGUGGCCAGGUAGAUCUUCAUUGCAGGAAUAAAGUAAUGCUUUAACUAUUCAACAAACAGGACCUCGGUCAUCUAGACUUCCUAGUUAGACAUUCAAAUAAUAGGCAUACUGGUUUUGUCUUGUCCUUUUAAAGCAUGGGGAAUCUGUAAGCAAUAAAUUAGCAGUCAUGCACUUUAAUUACUUGUUGCAUUAGUGGACAGAAUCAAGUUGAACUUACUCUCUGUUGCCAUUAACCCAGGUGCAAAUAUUUCUUGCUUGUUAAUAAGAUCUUGACAGCAUUUUCCUCCAUGCUGAUUUUUUCACACUUUAUAGCCCAAAUUAUCUGGGGCUCUACCACUUAAAUAAUUUUAUGUAGAAAGUUUCCAACAGUUUUAUUAAAAUCAUGUUGGCUGGUUUUGUGUUAUCUAGGAGUUUAUUGUACAUACCUAGUUGAUCAUGUUAGACAAGAAUUUUUGACCUCCAUCAGCUCUCUCUUUCAACACUUUAAAAAGUGGUAUUUUCUUCAAAGUAAAUGACAUCAGCAAAGCUGAAAAACUAUUGCACCUAGAUGCUAAUGGCAGCACUGCAGUUCAGACACACCAACACUCCACCCUCAACCCAUCUCAUGUGACCAUUGAUAAAUCUCCCACGAAAGUAGAGACUUUCACACACUGUGCCCCAAAUAAACCAAAAAAAAAAAUUUUCCUCUCCAAUCACCAGUGGAAACAAAUCUUUCCAGCCAGAGGACAAAGAAGAUAUCCAUGAAGUAGAGCUAAAUUAACAUUCAACUGCCUUGUAUUUCCAACCUCAGUCUGCAUAGCAGGUCAUCAUCUGACAGCAAGAACUGAAGCUAACUCACUUUGCCAGAGUGCUGGUGCUACAGCCACACAACACAAUAUUGUCGAUUACAGAAGCGUGCCUAGUUUAGAGAAGCAGAUAACAAUCCAUCUUAUCUAAACUGCAACAGCACACUUUCCUCAUUUUGAUCAGUGCCCAGUUUUUUCCUCAAAGAUACAACAUUUAAGAAAAAAGCUCAUCAUAUCAAGCCAAGACUGCUAUGCUAGCAAGGUUAACUAUCUCUUACACCAGAGCAAUUGGGCCCCCCUCAACACCCAGGACCAUUCCUACAUAUUUCUUUUAAGAAUGGACUGCCUUGGGGUGAUGCUCCUCAGAACCAUUAACAAGUAUAACAUACAUGAGCUCGACCUAUACUCUAGUAUACAUAUUAAUAGAAGCAAAGAUAUUGAACAAAAACAAUGCUAUUGACACAGUCAUGAUUGUGAUUAAUUGUUGUAAAGACCAAGUUUUUUUUCAGUCAGGAGUGUUAUUUAUUAGUUAUAUUAAUCAUUAUAAUAUUGGAAUACAGUGUAUCUUAGUACGUACUAUUCUUUGGAAUAAAUAUUUGUAAAUGCCAGUAUUAACUGUGAAUGAAAAUUAAUUACAACAGUACACCAGCAAGCUAUCUUUGGUGUGUGUACAUAAAAUUUAACUUCAAAACAUUUUGUUUGGCACUGAUACUGUAUGAAGAAAAGAUGCAGGUGCAGAACAAGCUUUUAUAACAAUGCUUCAUUCUGUAUGGAGCUUAAUCAAGUUAAAGCUCUUUAUAAAGCAAAAAUAGUCACACUAAUAGCUUGUUACUCACCUGGCUCUUACUGUCAGCUGUAUGACAGGUUUGAUUUUGGCCAAAAUCUUUCCACACACAGUAUAUUGCUGAGAUUUAUUCCAAAGAAUAUAUUUCUGGGACUGCUGACUCCCAAUGAAGCCCUGCAUACACAUGCAAGGCUUUAAGAUCAGCAGAAAACAGCACAGUACAACUUACUCUUUAACAAAUUAACAAUAAACACUUGCACAGCCAUUGGUAACUCUCAGCCACACCUUCCCUAUUCAUGGUGCCUUGCAAGUGCAUGUAAUAUACUGAAUACUCAGUUCCAAGGUGGAUACACACAAAAUAGAUGCUUCAGUCAGUGGUGGAUUAAGAGUAAGUGGAACCCUGGGGGCAACACCUGUACUGUAUAUGCAAUACAUUUAUAUUCUAAAAUAUUACCAUGCUUUAAUUACUGAAAAUUAUGUAUUAAAAAAAAUACACAAAUCAGUUUGAAAUUAUGAACCACAGUUUUAUUCCAUUAAGCAAUUUUUAAUACAAAAUAGUCUUAGCCCCCCCCCCUUUCCAUACCAGGGAGGGCCUUUCAGCAAGUUUCCCUUUGCACUUAUGUUAAUCCGCUACAGGCUUCAGCGCUUUGAGGCAGUUGUAAGAAACACUGACCAUCAACCCUAUCAAGACUGCACAAAAUGCCCAGAUAAUGCUUCAUCACUUUUGGUUGUCUAUAAUAGAACUUUGCAAGUAAAUGGCCACUUUAAUGCUGCUUACUUUAGAGGGUAGACUGGCCUUUAGCAACAUGUGACGUCAAAUUGAUAUUACGUAUCUUGGCACCUUGACCAUAUUGGUAUGCAGCAAUAUGUCAUUUAGUUAUCAAAACAAUUUUCAUGUAUUGUUGAAGGACACACUUUAGAAAUAUGUUCCUCUUGGAAUCAUAAUUGAUUGUACUGUAUGUUUAACAGCAAAUGUCCUGUAAAUUCUUAAACCAUUUGUAAUUUAUGGGCAAUAUUCUGAUCCCAAUUUAUUGCAAAUACUCUUUUUACAAGUGACCUUUGUUAUGGUAUACCAAAUGUGAACUUUUAAAUCAUUGACCUUUGUUACACUAAAUGUGAUAUUUUUAUUUAUGACCACUACAUGUUAAAAGAGAGAAAGCAUGUUUAAUGCAGAUAUUAGCAAGAGUACUCAAGUAUUCUUUGAAGGAAGUUUCAAUUCAGGUGAAAUUCCAAAGGCCUUAAAAAGAGCUGACAUAGCCCCACUUCAGAAAAGGAGCAGCAAAGCAAUAGCAAAAAAACUAGACCAGUAGAACUAACAUCACAUUAAAAGAAAAAAUCUUGAUAAAGGUGCUGAGACAAAACUGACUUAAUAGAAAAAUGAGCUAAAUAACCCUAAUUAACAGGACUUUAGAGCAGGAAACUCUUGCCUAACACAACUAUAAAAUGACCAUGAAAAAGUACAGUCUUUGGGAGGGGGGAAAAAACUGGUGUAAUCUGCAUGGGUUUUCAAAAGCAUUUGACAAGUGAGACCAUGGAGUAAUAGCUCACAAGUAGGGAAAAUGAUAUUAAAAAUUAGUAGUAAACUAAAAGAACAGUCUCAACAAAGCAAAAAGUUUAGUACCCCAAGGCAUGAUCCAAACACCAUUACAGUUUCUCAUCCUCAUAGAGAGGUAAGAAUACUAAUCAGAACUUCAUAUUAGCCUUUGUGGAGGCUUUCAAAAGUAUGAACAUCACCUCAGAUCAAACAAAAAUUUAUGUCAACAGUCUUCCAAUGGGCAAGUAUGAAUAACAUCGUCAGUGGUGAUAAAUUUCAACUACAUUGGUAUGAGAAGAAUGAACUCAAACUAGCGCAGUAUACAGAAUGCUGGCAAACCAUUUCAUAGAACUAAAGAAACAGGUAAAAUACUUUAAAAUAAUUAUGUCAGAAUCUCUCAUUUGGAAAACAUAAGAAUAAUUGUCAAGAGAAUGUCAUUUGGAGAAUGUAUUAAGACAAAUGCAGUAAAGGCAAGGAAAACAAAAAGAUGAAUUAUGAGAGCUUUCAAAACAGCUUUUCAAGGCAGAAGGUAGAGUUGGAAUAUGCACAGAGGCUGUCUACUUUCCUUAUAGAAUCAACAAAACAUAUAAACUAUUGGGAGCGGCUCCAGGCAUUUAUGUUGUCCUCCGUAAAUGAGAAGAAAUCCCUCAUAAUACAUACAUGGAAGAUACUCAAAGGCUUGGUUCUUAACCUACACACUGUUGUAACAGUUCACUGGAGUGAAAGAUAUGGGAAAAAGUAAGUAUUGAAUAAACUCAGUGAAGAGCAAGGAAGGAUGCGGGUACAAUUAGAGCACUGAGUAUGUUUGAACUGAGCCUCCACCAUACUACCAGCAGAUAUCAGAAGUACUCCUGGAAUGAAGACACAAGUUUUCAAGAAGAUGGGCAGCUUCCUAUUAAAAGUACCAUAUAAGCCAGGUUGUGAUGGCUAUGUGGGUCUCUAGCACAAACAGCCUGGUUGACCAGGCAGUCAACAGGGAAACCCGGUCUCAGUCCAGGCUGCGAGGGUAAAUGAGCCCUCAAAACUGGUCACAAGUAAAAUAUGUAUGACAGGACAUUUGACAACAAACGGUAUAAAGUAUAAUGAAUUAUUUUUUAUAUUUUGUAAUUGUAUACAAAAAUAUAUGUACACACUUCAGAAGUUUGUACUUUUUUAGUCAUUCUACUUUUAGCAGUACACCUUCAUACAUUUGUUCCAGCACUCACUUGUAUUAGCUGCACAACUUGCCAUACACACCAUGUCUUUUUCUUAAAUCAUUACUCUUCUUAAACUUCAGACAAUUCAGUAGUUUCUCAGAUCUUUCUAGUUUCCAAAACACAGCCUUAACUAAGAUUCCUACCUAUUUUUUAAUACAGGUUUAAAAAUCAUCUUAAGUUUUGUAUCUACACCCCUUACUAAGCUUUACAUAUUUACUAGUUAUGCAAGUCUUUCAGAUCUUAGUUUACAAUCUACUAUCCUUCAGCUGUCUAUCAGCUUUACAACAUUCCCAGAUAAGUGAGUGGAACAGGUGCUCAAGCAUCACAAAUUUCGUCCAUGUGCAGCAUUAGGGUUUGUGUCCUUGACUAGCUUAAGUUUUUAAUUAAACAGGGAAUAUGAAUAUUCCUUUAUUUACUCAUUAAGGUGCUGUAUGACCUUUGCAGUUUCAGCACUUCCCCAGGAAUACAGUAUUUAUUUAUAUGGGACAUUCCUCUCCUAUCCCUCUUCUUGUUAUUUGUGUACUGUACCUAUAUUAAAAUUAUUGUCCCACUGCCUAAAAUAGUUUCUGCUUGUGCAGGAAUCCCAUCCACUCAUCAUCAUUUUUCAAGCACAGCCAAUUUUUACACUCAUUCUCAGAUAGAAUCACUGUCCAUUCAUUUUGUCCUGUGCUUUUUGCAUAUCCAUCUUCACUUGUUUAUAUUUUUAUCUCCAUUUGUGAAUAUUAUUAAACAUUGUAAAUAAAAUAGAACACUUAA